UUCGUUCAUCGACAGUCGACGGGAACAGUCGUUUCGACGAAUAAAUAAAAUAGUGCAAUUCUGUUGUUUCCAAAAUGAAGGUUGUCGCUCUUGCUUUUCUAUUGGCUGUUGUAGUCAUUGUGGAUUGCACCCAUACGUUUAUGGGUACGAAUGUCCUGAGGCCAUUGAUCUACCACCACAGUGCUGAAUACGGCUCCAAAGUCUUCAGGAAGAGGGUUGAAAAUCUUUACUAUUCCUUGCCGCCUGUUCCUGCUAACGCCGGACGUUCUAUUCAGGGUAUCCUCGCCUUCGACAUGACACACACUGGUGCCACAGCCAACGUGACGCAGGGAGGACUCGGCUUCAACUUCGUGAACCUCCGUAUGAAGAGUGACCGUGGAGAGAAGAUCCACUUCGAUGUCUACAUAUACGCUUAAUUCUUUAAAAAAACUAUACAAGCGACACCUCUAAGGGCCUAGUUCGAGAUUUUCUUACGUUAACGCAAUGGACACGUUUAUGACGUUCGCCACUCUGAUUGGCUUGUUCUAAUUGAUCAACCAAUCAGCGGCUAAACGAGGUAACAUUUCGAUCGCGUUAAUGUAAAAAAUAUCUCGCAUUAUGCCCUAUGGUGCUGCAAACCUCCAAGCUAAGGCAUUCCUUUCCCAGGCUUGGUAGCCACACUCAAAAAAGAGCAAAAUAAAAUCGUUGCCAUAUUAAUUUA